AUGUCCAAAAGAAAACCAUAAUUUGACAUUGGAAAGAAUGAAGAUGACGAGGAAGUAUUGCCCUCCGUUGGUGUUAUUAAUACUCCUAGUGAAAUUCAGGAAAGAAAAAUUAUGAAGAUCAAAGGACCAAAACAAAAAGAGAAUAAUCAAAAUACAAAAAUAGUAAUAAGUGCCCCACCUCCAUCAUUUGAAUAAGCUGGAUCUGAUUAAAAACUAUCAACACCCCCUAAAAAGUUUUAACCAACAAACAUCUUUAAUUCUCAACAGGAAAAAUUGUUUUUCAAUACUUAGCCAUUAAAUAGUUUAUAAUUGCCUUAGCAAUAAAAAAACAAUAUCGGAUUAGUGAGUCCAAUAAUUGAAUUUAAAUCAAUUCGAAAGAGUGAUAAAUCAAUUGCAUCUCCAAAUUAAGAGACUAAUAAAACAAGUGAAAUUUUGCAUAAUAAAUUAAAAAAAAUAAAAAUAGGAGAUAAAGAGCAUGAGAAUAAAGACAUAACUUUUACUAUAGAAAAAUUAGGAGAGGAUCAUAAAAUAAAAAUUGAGCCUAAUAUUUUUGAAGGAUUAAUUGAGAAAGAGUAAACAAAGAAAGAGAAUAAUAUUGUUAGAUUAUAAUGUAAAAAAGAAGCAGAUUUACAUGAUUUACAACUAGAAUUUGUUAAUGAAAAAGACUAUGAAUCAUUUAAUUUAUGAUUUGAUUUCAAUCAAUAAGUCCUUUCUUUU